GCUCCCUCUGCUCCUAUUGGGGAGCCCCCGGACCGUCCACCUGCCCCCUCCUCCUGCAUCACCAUGCUGCGGUCCUGGGAGCUGCUCGCCUGCUACUGCCUCAUCCUGGGCACCUUAGGGUGCCCCUCCCCAGAUUUCUGUCAGCAGAUCUUUGAUGUGAAGCCAGGAUUUCCCAAAGCAAUAAAAACCAAUGACCCUAAAGUGCUCCAAGCAGCUAGACUCAGUGCGGAGAGGUUCAACAACUGCACCAAUGAUGUUUUCUUGUUCAAGGAAUCCCGCGUCGAGAGCGCCAUGGUCCAGGUGGUGAAGGGCCUGAAGUACAUGCUUGGCGUGCUCAUCAGCAGGACCACCUGCAAGAAAACCCAAAGGCCGCACCUGGACAGCUGCAACUUCCAGACCAACAAAACCUUAGAGCAGACUCUCUCCUGCUACUCUGAAGUCUGGACCAUCCCCUGGCUCCAAAAGUUCCAAGUAACUGUUCUCCACUGUCACCAACUUGCUCCUGGUGCUCCAACGACCCUAUGACAGGCGCAUUCUGGCAUCACAAC